AUCAAUGCUAAUGUUUUUUUUCCGCAUUUAAGAACUCUCCUCCGUGUAUAUUUAUUCAUCCCAUGAUCUUCACCUUCUCCGUGUCCUAAGUAACAAGGACUAGACGCUCCAGUCAAUCAUCUAUAGAAGCUUUACAUCCCAAAAUUCAGCAUCUAUAACCUAGCAAUCCUCUCAUUUUCCUCGCAGAUCAGAUCCUUUAAAUCACUCAGUUUUCAUUUGAUUUCUCUCUCUAUCCCUUAAUCCUAGGGUUUCUCUUUACCUAAUAAGUUGACCUUAUCUCCAUAUUCAACAUGUCAAUUUUCACUUUUAUGCAGAUACCCGGCUCGGUGAGGCACAGAGACAUAGACUAUACGGUUUAGUUGUUGACUGCGAGAAAACAAACCGGUUGCGUGUUAACCUUGUCUUUGCUUAUUGACUAUGGCUGCUUUGCAGAGAGUAGCUGAGUCGAGCGCCAGCGCCAGUGCUCUCAGUUAUGGAACGUGUAAAGGUACUGAAGUUGUUGUCCCUGAUAAAUUUCCUGCUGGUUUGAGAGUCCUUGUCGUAGAUGAUGAUGCUACCUGCUUGCGUAUUGUCGAGCAGAUGCUUCGCCGUUGCCAGUAUUAUGUUACCACUAGCUCACAGGCUAAGGUUGCCUUGACCCUUCUGCGGGAGAAGAAAGGCUGUUUUGAUGUGGUUCUAUGUGAUGUUCAUAUGCCUGAUAUGGACGGGUUUAAACUGCUUGAACAUGUUGGGUUGGAAAUGGACCUUCCUGUUAUUAUGAUGUCGGAUGAUGGGAGAACAAGUGCUGUCAUGAGGGGAAUAAAACAUGGGGCUUGUGAUUACUUGAUUAAGCCUAUCCGUGAGGAAGAACUUAAAAAUAUAUGGCAGCAUGUUGUCCGGAAAAAGUGGAACGAAAACAAAGAGCUAGAAAAUUCUUGCAGCCUGGAAGAUAAUGAUCGGCAUAAGCGAGGAAAUGAUGACUCUGAAUAUACUUCUUCUGUCAAUGAUGGAGCAGAAGGAACAGUUAAACCUCAGAAAAAGAGGACAAAUGCUAAAGAAGAAGAUGAUGGUGAACUGGAGAAUGAAGAUCCGUCCACGGCAAAGAAGCCACGUGUAGUGUGGUCAGUGGAACUCCAUCAGCAAUUUGUUACUGCUGUUAACCAGCUUGGGAUUGAUAAGGCUGUACCGAAGAGGAUUCUUGAAUUGAUGAAUGUUCCUGGCUUGACCAGAGAAAAUGUUGCAAGUCAUUUGCAGAAAUUUAGAUUAUAUUUGAAGAGAUUGAGUGGAGUGGCCCAACAAGGAGGGAUUUCAAGUCCACUUUGUGGUAACAUAGAAUCCAAUGUAAAACUUGCUUCUCUGGGAAGAUAUGACAUUCAAGCUUUGGCUGCCUCUGGGCAAAUUCCUCCACAAACAUUAGCUGCACUGCAUGCAGAGCUUUUAGGUCGACCAGCAGGUAACCUAGUUUCGGCAGUGGACCAACCUCCUCUCUUACAAGCAUCUCUGCAGGGGCCCAAGUGCAUUCCAGUUGAGCAUGGUGUGGCAUUCGGUCAGCCCUUAGUGAAAUGUCAAUCUAACAUUCCCAAACAUUAUCAGCAGUCUAUAAUGCCUGCUGGGGAUGUUCCUCCGGAACUUGGAGCAUGGCCAUCAAAUAAUAAUCUUGUUGCUGUUGGACAUGGAAGCAAUCUUGGAGGGUUGAGUUCUCAUAACAGUAACAUGUUGAUGGAUGUGUUGGAGCAGCAGCAGCACCUGCAACAACAAAAACAGCAGCAGCAAUCUGCAUUCCCUGACGCCAAUCGCUCUAUCAAUGUUCAACCAUCUUGCCUUGUGAUGCCUUCUCAGUCAGCAACCAGUUUUCAGGCAGGAAAUAGUCCUGCUUCUGUAAAUCCGAAUUGUGUGAAUAGGACUGCUAUUAUUGAUUACACCCUUCUCUCACCUCAGUCAAGUAAUUCAUCAUUCACUAUGGGACAAAUCCCAGAUGCGGAUCUAAGGACCUCUGGUGUUCUUAGCGGGUACUCAGCACCUGGUUCUAUUUCUGCUGCAGCAUCAUCUAUUUCAGCAUAUGCUGAAAAUAGCGGCCAUCAGCAACUUCGAAACUCAACUAUCCCAUUUAAAACUUCCAGACUGCCAGCACUUGUUCCUAAUGUCUGUUCCUAUGUUGAUAAGCCAAAUGAAAUGAUUGAUCAAAGAUCACUUGGAAAUCUUGGAUUUGUUGGUAACGGAACUUGCAUUCCAAGUCGGUUUGCAGUAGAUGAAUUUGAAUCACCAAUGAACAAUUUAAGCCAUGGAAAAGCUUUUGUGGAGAAUAAUGGUGUUCGGAUGAAGCCAGAACCCAAUAUGGAAUUUGUGGAUAAUGCAAAAGUGGGCACGGGAGUAUUGCAACAAUUUCCUUCAACUGAUCUCAUGAGCGUUUUCACAGAAUAGACUUAAUUUCCAGUGGCUGCAUCAGAGUCAGGUGUGCUAUGGAGUCAGGAUCACUGCAAGUGUGAAAACUAGAACAGUGGAACUUUAUUUUAUCUUCUGAAGGUUAAACAGUCCUGAGUACAUGCAUCCAGUUGAAGUAUGAUUUCAUUAGUCUGUAGGAAAAUAAGUUUUUAGACUCCAACAGGUUAAAUUCAUGUCCAAGAUGAUGGCAUCGUGCCUACAUAGUUAUGCAGUUAGGUGGAUUUAAUUAUGUUGGAAAACUCAUUUUUUAUUGUUCAGAUUAAUCAAAUUGAAGUCCUUCUAUGUUUGGCA